CCCUAGUUUUAGGGUUUCCAUUACUCGUCUUCACACUUUACUCCUUCGUCUUCCAUUCGUUUUUCUCCCCAAUUUACUUCCUCUCAACUCGUCUUCAUCCCUCGCAACUAGUCUUCAAUCUCUUUACACUACUUCGUCCUUAAAGCCGUUUAAUCCUUCCAAUCGAAAUCCCGUUUAAUCCUUCCAAUCGAAAUCCCGUUUAAUCCUUCCAAUCGAAAUCAUCCCCUCUCUUCAAUCCUUGUAAGGACAUUGAUUUAGAUUUAUUUUCAGAAAAAACUUUUCCAUUUUUUCCUUAACUCACCUUCAACGUAUUCCGGUUUAGGUUUGGCCGUCGUUUUCUUCUCGGUAAAAAAUCUAUCUUCCUCUAAAUUCCUUUCUCUCCCACUCUUCGUCCUCCCAAUUUUCGUUGAAGGCUUCGCUCACAGUGUUGCCUCUGAAACAAAUGGGUUUUCAUCCGAAACAAAUGAGUUUUCUGUCGAUUUCGUUGAACGAGUUUUACAUUUUGCCUCUGAAACCUUUGCGCUUGCAUGUUCAACAUUAUUGGUGAACAUGCAAUCCGACUCAGUUUUUCCCUUCCACAAGACCUUGCCGCUUGGACUCCCACUUGCAGAUCGGGUAUUGUUUUCCUCUGAUUUGGACACAUUCUACACUACGGAUACUAUCACCGUAUCACCACUGCAUUUGGGAUGUUCGAGCAAGGUAUGGUUGGAGGUAAGUGGUUGGAUUUCGAGUUUCUGUCUUCGCCGAUGAUGAGGAUUAUGGUUAUGCACUUCUGAAUAAUUGUUUGUGAUUAUUUCUGUUCUAUGCAUAAUUAUUUGUAAUCGUUUUUGUUUUUUACUUCUAUUGUCUCUUUCCACGUUUCUGAUUACUUUUGUUUCUGUAGUUUUUUGAAAUCACUUCUGUCUGUGUAUCUGUGAAAAAUUUUGUCUAUGUGCUUCAACGUAUGUCCCUGUUUGCCAUGUUUCUAAUCUCUUUCCAUAUUGCACAUCCAUAUUGUUUAAAUUUUGCUUCUGUUAUUUUGGAUUAAUUUUGCCCAUCCUUGUUUCAACAUAUGUCCCUGUUUGCCAUGUUUCUAAUUGUUUUGUUGGUUUCACUUUCUUAUUGCUACUGUGCCUAGCAAUCUGAACACAUUUUGUACCAUUUUUUUAAUACUAUCCCUCAUAAAUAUGUUGACAUAUUUAUUUCAUUUGACAUUUGACUAACUAUGUUCACAGUUCCCACUUACUUGCAAUCAAGAUGUCUUCUGAAUUUGCUUUGCUGAGUAUUUUCUCAACUGUCUGUUCUGUUUCUUUCUCUUUAUUUCUAAGCAAAUCUCAUUCAUCCAUCAAUUAAACUACACUGUGUUCAUUUAUUUUUUUUGGUUAUCUAUUUGUCUACUCAUAGAUUCUUUUUUCUUUUUGUAUGAGUGAAUAAAGACAUACUUUAUUCACCCUAUAACCCUAUAUAUAUAGCACUUCUUUUGUUGUAUUUUAUUGUGUUGUUUUCCUUGUUUCCUCCUCUGUUCUUUCUUUAUUUGAUAUGUAACUUAACUUUGUUUUCUUCUUUUGAAGUUCUAUUUUGCAUUCUUUUUUUUCUUUUGCCAUAUCUAUGUUAAGUACAUUCUGUUAUUGUUUAAAGAAUAUUUGUGGGCUAUCACUUCUUUUUUUUUUAUGAAGGGUAUACCUUCUUAUACACAAACUUAGACACUGUCAUAGCAUACUUUUCAUGAUUUCCUUGAUCAUCUCAUGUUCACUGGCCAUAUUCAGUUUAAGGAAUGUUGAUGUUUUGUGACUCUUUCAUAUACGUUUUAUGUGUCGAUGUUUUAUGCUUAUUUGGUUGCAUUUGUAUAGAUAUAUAUGUUUUGUUGCACAUCCUAUUGUUGCUUCUUUUUGUAUUAAUGUUUGUAAUAAUAGAUCCAGUUCGUUACACCAAACAGAUUCAAUUCCUCUGAGGCAGAACGUUUUUUUAAAUAACACGGCCUAAAUUGCUCAUUCAUUUUAAUCAAUCUUGUUUUUUCAAUUCGACCUUGACAUUCCUCCAAACAAUACGGUACGUAAUCGAUACACCUCAUCCUUAUACUAUUUGUACUUGUACUUUUGUUAUGUCGGGACACUAAUUUCCUUACUUUAUUUGCUGGAUAUCCGACUUCCUACUUCGUUCGUUAGAGGUACGAGGCAUUGGCGCUUUAUAUUGUACUACUUUAUUUUCAAAUAUUGUCAGUUAAUAUUUUUGCAUUCUUCCAUAUUGUACUUCGGACUUUAGUGACCAUAUUGGGAAUAAAGAAUUGUGUUUUUUUUUUUUCAUGAUUCCAAAUUUAACUGCAUUUUUUGACUUGACAGUUUGUUUCGAUUUCAAAAAUUGUCUUCAUUUUUAAAAAAAUUCAUAAACAAAGUGUAUACCCACACAACCAGGUCAAUAAUAUGAAACUGGAAAUGACAAUGGAUUUAUUCAAAGUAAAAAAAUUAUUUUUGCAGUAACUAUAUAUUUAAAAAAAUUUGCAUAAAAUAAAACUAUUUUUGGUUGACAAAACAUAUUUUGAACAUCAAAUGCCAUUUUAUUACUUUUUUUUUCGUACCAAGGUAAGACAUGUAAUUUUACCAUAAAUUUCAUUUUCAGAAAACAUGUAUAGUUUGUUCUAUAAAAAAUUAAUUUACAUCAACAUUUGUAAAAAAAUACAUUUCGAACAAAAAAUAAACAAAAUAAAUAACCUUAUUUAUAUAUGAAUGAAAAAAAAAUGGUGUCAUUAAUAAAUUUUCACGCAUUUGUAAGCAAUUAGGAGGCUUUUUUGAAAAUGUGGAAGAAACUAUUUUUUUUUUAAAAAAUAAACACAAAAUAGGAUUGAAACAAAUUCUAAAAUAAAAGGAAAAAUAAUAACUAAUUUUUUUUUUUUUUUUGUUUAUGGAAGUCACACACUUUCGAUAUUAGCCAACUGUUAUGAUAGACCACAUCGUACUUGAGUUUUUCAAAAAAGUAGCCAACUGUUUUCUUUCGAUAUUAGCCACGCUUUUUAAACUGAACAACAUGAAUUUUGAACAAUAUUUUGGUUUAGGGUUUGAACAUACUCAUACUAGUAACAUAUUGGGAUGCAUAAGUUCAUUUUACAUAAUUAUAUUUUAGAAGUACAUAAAUAUUUUAUUCUAAUGUAUGCAUUUAAGGUAUACUAGCAUUACAGUUACAAAAAUAGACCGUGAGGUUCGUAGUAACUAUCCUGAAAUGGAUAACCAAAACAUUCGCACUAUACUAGUUGUUUUCACAUUCACCCAUAACCAGUUAGUACUGCUAUUGGAUGCACUAAUGAAUGACAAUAAGCGGGUGACCCAUACAACGUACGAAUUUAGGCAUCAAAUUAGACAACUGUCAUACUUUCGUAUGAUCCACUCCUCCGACCUCGUUUGUCGUGAAAGUACCAGAAUGGACAAACGAACUUUUUCCAUUCUAUGUCACUUACUGAGGACGAUUGUUGGUCUGACGUCGACCGAAAUCGUCGAUGUCGAGGAGAUGGUCGCCAUGUUUCUACAUAUAUUGGCACACGAUGUCAAGAGUAGAGUCAUCCAGCGGGAUUUCGUGCAAUCAGGAGAGAUUGUUUUCCAUCACUUUAACCUCGUAUUGUUGGUUGUGUUGCGAUUGCACGAUGAGUUGUUGAAGAAGCUGCAGUUAGUGACUAACACAUGCACUAAUUCAUGAUGGAGUUGCUUCGAGGUCCGCAUAUUACUGUAUUAUGUUACUUAUCAAUCACCACGUGCAACUACUUAACUUGGUGGUAUUUCAUUAUGCAGAACUGCCUUGGGGCAUUGGAUGGCACGUACAUCAAGGUUAACGUGCCGCAAACCGAUAGGCCUAGGUAUAGAACACGUAAGGGAAAAGUUGCCACAAACAUCCUCGGUGUGUGUGAUACGAAAGGCGACUUCGUCUUCGUAUUGGCUGGUUGGGAAGGGUCCGCAACAGAUUCCCGCAUUCUUCGAGAUGCUAUUGCACGACCAAAUGGGUUGCAUGUUCCUCAGGGUAAUCAAAUGUUUUAUGCCUCGAACGUAUACUACUUACAACGUCAAUCAAAUUAGUUAGAUCAGACCCAUUCGUAAUAGGUUAUUACUAUCUAUGCGACAUGGGAUAUCCCGAUCUAGAGGGAUUUCUAGCUCCCUAUAGAGGACAAAGAUACCUCUUGCAAGAGUGACGAGGAGCGGGAAAUGCCUCUGGCACCGCAAAAGAGUACUUCAACAUGAAACAUUAUGCCGCUAGAAAUGUUAUUAAACGAGCGUUCAGAUUGUUGAAGGGUCGAUGGGCAAUCAUUCGCGGCAAGUCGUACUAUCCCGUGCAAAUUCAAUGUCGAACAAUUCUUGCGUGUUGCCUACUACACAAUCUCAUCAACCACAAGAUGACGAAUGUCGAUUUCGUUGACGACGUUGACGAAGAAGACUCCACCUACGCGACGAUUGGAGGUGAUGACAUUCAAUUCGUUAAGAACUCAAACGAAUGGACGCAGUGGAGGGAUAAUUUGGCCACAUAGAUGUUCAAUGAAUGAAAGUUGCCUAAUGAAUAGGCUUUGCGUGUCAAUUUAGUAUUCCUAUAUUUGUAUUUAGUUAGUAUUGGGUGUGUCUUCCUGUAUGCUUGAAUGUAUGCAUGCAGUAUAAAAAACGAAUUUAACAAUUUUGGCUUCUUGUGUAUUUUAAUAAUUAUUACUUCCUGUGUAUUGAAGAUACUGAAACAAAUGCAUGGUUGUAUGAAUGUCAAUAUGACAUGUUCAUCAUGUGCUCCUAAGCAUGUAUGGAUGAAGGAGGAGGAGGCAACCCUCGUCGAGUGUAUGGUCGAGUUCGUGUCUGCUCGUGGAUGGAAGUCAGACAAUGGCACAUUUAGACCCGGGUAUCUGGCACAACUUCUGCGAAUGAUGACUGCAAAGUUGCCGGGAUGCAAUGUACAUGAGACCACAGUGAUCGACUGCAGCAUAAAGACGUUGAAGCGCUCAUACCAGGCAAUCGCAGAAAUGCACGACCCGUCAUGUAGUGGGUUUGGUUGGAAUGACGAUGCGAAGUGCAUCGUUGCUGAGAAGGAGUUGUUUGACAACUGGGUCAGGAGUCAUCUUGCAGCCAAGGGGCUGUUAAAUAAGCCUUUCCCAUAUUACGACAAGUUGGCGUAUAUAUUCGGGAAAGAUCGUGCAACAGGAGCCCAUGCAGAGACCUUUGCCGAUGUCGGAUCGAACGUUCCUCCUGGGUUUGAGGAAUUUCCUCAUGUGGAUCUCAAUGAUAUGAAAAUUCCUUCCAUGUUCAGCCAUAGGUUUAACAUGUCACAAGACGACAUCGCACGUCCAGGUCGAGGAACCGAUAGUAGGACGACUUCAAGCGGCUCGAAGCGAAGGCGGGGAGGGUAGACUUCAGAAACAGCUGAUGUAAUUAAGGAUGCCAUGACUCUUCAAACUGACCAGUUGAGGCUCAUUGCAGAGUGGCCGCAGUUGGCACUGGAGGAUGAAAGCAGGGUCCGUAGAGAGGUCGUUCGCACAUUACGUGCCAUACCUCAGCUCAGUAGGUUGGACAUGGCGCAAUGUAAUAGAAUACUAAUGAACAAUUUAACGGACAUGAAGGGUUUCCUCGAACUGUUAGAUGAGGAGAAACUUGACUACUGUGUUGGAUCGGUAUGGCAACCCUAGAGGGGGGUGAAUAGGGUUUAAAUAAACUUUUUGACAAAUAAAAAGUAAAAUCAACUAAUUAGAUACUUUUUUAAAUUUAAAUAAA